AUGCCUUUGAGGCAAUCAACAGAGAAUAAUGAUUCACGCAACAAAUGUAGUAGUGUCGAUGUAAGUCCAGGUAAAGUUGAUGGUGUCUACACAAAUGGAGAAAUGGUUCGUGUAUUUACAUUUAUUCAUGGACGAGAAACUAAAAUUCUUACAACUGAUGGUGAAAUAAUUGAAGGUGUUUUUUCAUCAGCAAGUGAAAAUUGUGACGUAGCUGUCAGAUUAGCUUCAGAAGAGUCAAAGAAAGGAAGAAAUAAUUUACUUACUUUGGAGUCGGAUGUUAAAGAAAAAAUGCAAAUAGGAAGAGAUUCUAUUGUUAGUAUGACAUUUGAUUUAAAAUCUAGUAAAGAUGGUCAUACUUUUGCUACAGAUCUUGACUAUUCAAAAAGACUUGCUCCAACAAAACCCACUGAUUGUGAGGAAAAAGAAUUUGUUGAAUGGGAUGAUGGUGAUGAAGGGGAAGAAGUUCUUGAUAUUAAUAUGCCUUCACAAGAUAAUAAAGAUCAUCAUUAUAAUGGAAAAAAUAAUAAAGAAUUAGGUUGGUCUGUUGAUGAUAUGUUUAAAAAAAAUAAUGAUUUGGGAGUAAAAAGUACUUUUGAGGGAUCUGAAGGAUUAUACACAACUGUUGAAGUUGUAGGAAAUCAUGAAGAUAGAUUAAGGGCAGAAGAAUUAGCCAAAGAAAUAGAAAAUAAUAUUGAGAGUAGGAAAGCUGCUGAAUUGGAAAAUGACGAUGAAGAAAAAAACAUUGUAGAAAGGAAACCUGCUAUGGUAGAAAGUAAUGAUAUCCGUAAUACCGGUAAUCAAAAACGUUCAAAUGGACAUCAACGUGGAUCUAGAAAUGGUCCAAUGUCUAGAAAUAGUGGACAAAUGAAUAAAAAUAAUGAUAAUUUUCAAAAUACAAAUAAUCGAGGAUAUGGUAAUAAUCGUGAUGGAGGGCGUUACCAACCACCACAAAAACAAUAUAACAAUAGUCAACAAGGAUCUUCUGCACAGAAUCAACAACAAUCAAAUCAACAGCAAUCAUCAUAUACCAAUAAUCAACGAGGUCAAGAUUUUGGUAAUAAACAAACUAAUAUUUCUGGAAAUAGAACAAUUCCAAGAAAUAAUUCUGGAAAUCUUAGCCAAAAUAAUUAUAAUCGCUCCUCAAAUCAGGAAACAUCAAAAAAUAUAAUUCAAAGGACAAAAGAUUUAAAUAAUCAACAACAAAAGAAAACCGGUGAUGGUGGAAGAUCAUCUAAUUAUGAUAAUAAUACUAAAACUAAUAUGUCGUCUAUAAAUAAUAGUGGAGCUUGGAAUCGUGCUCCACCAUCGUCUGGAGGUAGAGUUAACAAUAGUUCAACUGAACUUAACACUACUGACAAUAACCAUGGAAAUAAAAAUAAUAAAAAUGAAGUUAUUUCUAAAAAAGAUAAUACUCAUAAUGAUAAUCAAAAUUUUUCAAAAAAAGACAACAAAGGAAGUAGAGAUGUUAGUAUAGCUGAAUCAACAACAUCAACUAUAACAAUAAAUGAUAGUAAUAAAAAAGUAGAAUCUCCUAAAGUUGAAGCAAAAAAAGAAUCAUCAGAAGUUGUAGUGGUAAAAGAACGUGACCAGCAACAAACAACAUACCGUAAUAAAAAUGAGGAAGAUAAAGAUGUUAAUAGUAGAAAAUCUGAUAUAGUUGAUACAAAUACUUGUAGUAAUAAUAGUAGUAUAACAAGUAGUUCAAAGAGCUUUAAAUUUAAUGUUGAUGCACCCGCUUUUGUGCCAUCUUCAACAAUAAAUACCAAUACACCAUCAUCGCCAUCGAAUAUUCCAACACCUCCAGAAACAAUAAAUACUAAUCCGGUACCAACACAUAUACCACCACAACCUGUAUGGUAUCAACCUGCUGUAUUUCAAGGAGGUAACUAUAUGUAUGGUCCACCAACUCAUACAAAUAUUCAACAUCAAUUUUAUGCACCAUACCCACCACAACAUCAAACUGGAAUUAAUUCUGGUAAUCCUCAAAUUGGUACUUAUGUUGUUGGGGGACCAAUGGCAAUACCUCAAAGUACUGUAAACCAGGGUAGUGUUGUUCAGAUACCAGUUCCUACAUCAGAUACAAAUACCCAAGCACAAGGUAAUCCACAAACAGUACCACCAAUUCAAGGUGUACCAGCACAAACAGCGACAGCACAGCCACCACCGGUUAUUCACCAACAACCGGCUACACAUUAUCCACAGCAUAAUAUUCAUCCGGGACAAAUGCAUCAUCCACCUCCACUUCAUAGAUAUGAAGGUCAGGAGAGGCGUGAUAAAAAACCUAAAAAUGAAUAUAGAAAUAAGGAAAGAGAUCAUAGAGAUUAUCAUGGACCUAAAAGAGAUGAUCGUUACCAUCAAAAUGAAGCACAAACUAUACCACAACCAACAACUGGAUAUCCAGGACAAAUGAUUCCAGGUUAUACACAAUAUUCACCUUAUGGGCCAUCUCAUAUAUUUUCGAUACCAUAUUCAUAUUUUCCGGCUAAUACUUCAAUUAAUCAACAAACCAUUCCACCAAUAUCGGGUGCAUCACCUAUUCAUUAUCAAAUUCCACCUCAACAAGGUGUCAUUCCACAGCAAUCUAUUGGAGGUGAUAUACCAGGAGGUGGUGGUAUAAUAUAUAAUAAUAAUAAUCCAAGACAAGGAAAUCAAAAUACAGGAAAUAAACAAUAUACUACAGGUGAUAGCAAUAUUGCUAAUGAUGGUAAUACGAACAAUAAUAGUCAUCAAAGACAUACUCAUUCUCCAGAAUCAGUAAAUCAACAACAUCAACAAUCUAGACCAGGUUCACCUAAAAAUCCAAAUAAUAAUAAUAAUAAUAGUGGUACUCAUAGGUCAUCACCCACUCUUUCAACAACUUCACAACAUUCUUUUCACCAGCCACAACAGAUAGUUCCUAUGCAACCUUAUGUUAUACCGCCAGUAUGUCAGGCUCCAGGACCAAUGAAUGUACCACCAGGACAGGGUACUCAUUUUAAUAUGGCAGCACCGGGGCCAUAUCAACAUCCACAAGGAUUAAUACCAGGAAAUAAUAUGAUGUUUUAUCCUACAGUUGUUGCAGUUCAACCACCACAUUAUCAGAUGGCACCACCAAGGAGAAAUUCUAUUCCUCAUAAUGGUGGUAAUGGACAAAUAUAUAAUAAUAGUAGUAAUUUACAGGGUGGACACCUACAGCCAGCGCCGCCUGUGCAUCAUCACCAUCAUCAUCAGGGACACCCUCAACAACAACACCAUCAUCAUCAGAUUGGACAACAACAAGGUCCUCCACCACAUCAGUCAUCUCAUAAUCAACAACCAUCGUCGGAAGGUGUUAAUAGUAAUGGUAGUGGAGGUUCAGUUCAACAAUCAUCAUCUACACAAUCAACAAAUGUUGAUUAA